AUGAGGGAUCUGCUUUCACGGACUCCAGUGUGCGAGCAGCUCAAAGACCUCCUUCUGGAAGAGCUUGAAGUCUUCACUGCCACUUCAUCAGUGAGACUCUUGCAUCACGGGCGUCAGGCGACUCGCGUGGAGAAGCCUGACCGUCCUCUACAUUGGAUGCAUCGCAUGAUGGCGCCGGAGUCGCCCCUGGUAGCCGUACGCAUGCGGCGGCUGGCGUCUGGAUAUUGGGCAGAGCUGGUCGUGGAAUCCGUCUGCGGCGACCAGUGCACAAGCAUUUUGCUUGGUGUUUGCCCUGCACGUCCAGACUUGUCCAGUGGGCCCCCGGGCGGUCGCGGCUACUUCGUGUCGCUGGCCGAGAUACCCAAAUGCAUCAGCGGAGUGCCUCAUUGCAGAACUUCCUCUCGUUUCAUACUUGGAACGCGGAUUGCCGCCCUGAUCACAGUUGAUGGAAGCCUGCAGCUGCAACGGGACGGACGGGUCAUCGGCAUGGAACACAACCUCUUUGACAAGAAUGCCAUGGCCGAAGCGGAUUACCACCUGGUUUGCGACCUCACGUUCGAUGUUAGCGGCGUGAGCGUAAGCUCGGCCCGUCCAAACGCGAACAAGUCACUGCGCAGAGACUUCAGCCGUGGGUUGAUGUGGCUGCACCGGUGGCUGCUGGCUGCCUUCCAGCAGGUCCCCAGUUUCUUGGAAGUUAGUGGGGCCAUGCAGAAGAUGCGGCCGGCUUCCACGCUUCCAAGCCGUUUCGCGAAUUCGGACUUAGCUCGGGACAGCGCUCGCCCGCCUCUUAGCUUGGAGUUGAUCCAGGAGAAGCAGAAUGCCUUGAACGAGGUCCGACUCCUGGCAUCGGUGUGCCACGAGAAUGUCGUGGCGUACAAAGAGGCUUUCUGGGACGACAAAACCCGGUGCCUCUGCAUCGUUCAGGAAUGUGCCGAUGCUGGGGACCUGCUGCAGCAGAUCAACCGCUGUAAGCAAGAGCGGGCGUAUCUCAGAGAGGCUGAUGUUUGGCGCUACUUGGAUGGCAUGUGCCAGGGCUUGAAGGCGCUGCAUGACUUGCGCAUCCUCCAUCGCGAUUUGAAAUGUCACGGCCUGAGGGUUUAG